GCCUCAUCAGAUUUUGGACUCCAUAUCCCGCAAUGCAGAGCUCUCUAGAGGCGUGCCAACUAGGGAUCGCAUGGACCUUCCGGAGAUGUAGUACAGCCCUGCUCAGCCAUAAGCCUGUCGAACGGAAACUCCGGGACACCGAAAACUACAAUUCCCGCCGGCCAAGCGACCCGACCUCUAAGCGCGCCUCCAUUCUCCAUAGCUUCCGUUUAUCCUCCUGCCACAGUUCUCCCGGUAAUAUCAAACUUGCUGCACUGAAUAGAUCUCAGAGAACCCUAUGCCCGGGUCCGACUCCAACUUUACUACUUAACUUUUCUCCAGAGGGCUGGCGGGGGACUUGGGGGCGUGGCCCCGCUAUGGCCCCGCCCUCACCGCUGAGGCCGUUGGGGAUUGGUCCCCAUGGCAACGGACUGUACACAACCGCAGCUUCCCAAGUGGCUGUGUUAGCCUUCCUCCUGCUCCAGGGUUAUGACCACCCCGCAAUCGCGUAACUACAGCGCCUCCAAAUCGAGAACACAUACACAAUCUUCAGAAGCCAAAAUCAUCGAGAAAUGCAAGCUUGCCCAGAAACGAAGGACAUUGCCCUUGCAGUUUUCCAUGGGUGGCCACCUGUCCCCAUGGCCCACAUACACCAGUGGCCAGAUGAUUCUACAUAAUCGAAAGCCCUGUACAGAUGACUGCCGGAAGAGAACCAAUAGCUGGCAGCAGCAACCCCUGGGCGCUUCCAAGCCCAGGUACCUGGAGCAACUAGAAAACUAUCUACGAAAGGAGCUCCUCCUGCUGGACCUGAGCAUGGAUUCUGCACAAGAGCUAAGGCUGCAGCCUUACAGGGAGACCUUUGAGUUCUUCAUAGAGGAUUUCAAGACUUAUAAGCCACUGUUAUCCUCCAUCAAGAAUGCAUAUGAGGUGAUGCUGGCCCACCAAAGGGAGAAAAUUCGGUCCCUGGAACCCCUGAAGGCUAAGAUCGUCACUAUGAGUGAAGACUGCAAUGAAAGGAUCCUGGCCAUGAGGGCUGAAGAGAGAUACGAAAUCUCUGCGCUCAAGAAAGAGAAGAUGAAUUUGCUAAAACUCAUUGACAAAAAGAAUGAGGAAAAGGUUUCACUGCAGAGUGAGGUGUCUGAACUGAGGAAGAAAUUGGCUGAGGAGUACUUGUGCUACCUUACUGAACGAGAUGCCCGCAAGAUCCUCAUUGGGGACCUAAAUGAGCUGCGGUACCAGCGCGAGGACAUGUCACUAGCCCAGUCUGCAGGUGUUUGGGGGGAGGACCCUGUGAAGCUAACACUGGCUCUGAAGAUGACGCAGCAGGACCUGACCCGCACGCAGAUGGAGCUGAACACCAUGAAAGCCAACUUUGGAGAUGUGGUACCCAGGAGAGACUUUGAGAUGCAGGAGAAGAUCAACAUGGAACUUCAGGAGCAGCUAGACAGCCUGAGGGCAGACUAUGAAGAGGUCUGCAAGGAACACGAGUUACUGCUGCAGCUGCACAUGAGCACUCUGAAGGAGAGGGACCAGUAUUAUUCUGAGCUGCAGGAGAUCCAGCGUAACUCCACCCCACGGCCUGACUGGACCAAAUGCGAAAGUAUUGUGGCAGGGGGCCCAGAACGCUGGCAACUGCUGGCUGAGAGCAAGAACAGUGACCAGCUGGUGGAGGUGCUCCUGGAGGAGAUUGGUGCCGGUCUGCUUCGGGAGAAAGAAUUCUUCCCUGGCCUGGGAUAUGGAGACACUGUACCCCCUUUCCUGCGAUUUGAUGGCCCUGUGGAAAACAAGAAGCCGAGCAAGAAGGAAGUGGUAAAUCUCCUCAAGGAUGCCUGGAAGGAACGUCUUGCAGAGGAGCAGAAAGAGUUAUUCGCAGAUUUCUUCUUUAAUUUCCUGGAGCGUCGCUUUGGGAUCAGUGAUGCCAUGCCCUGGGCUUACACCAUUUUUGAAAAUAUCAAGCUCUUCCGCUCCAAUGAGAUCAUGAAUCAGUUCUAUGCAGUCUUGAUGGGAAAGAUGACAGAGAGUGUAUACAUCAACCAAAAGGAGACACUAACCCAUCUGUUGAAGGCGAUGACAAAUGCUGAUAGUAAGAAUGAAGGGUUAAUAACCAUGGAACAAUUGAGCACUAUCCUCAAGAGCACCUUUCCUCUCAAGAGGGAAGACCAAAUUGAGGAGCUGAUGGAGGCAGGGGGCUGGGAUCCUGACAGCAACAGUGUGGAAGUGCUCAACUACCACUUACUGUUUACUGAGGACGAGGAGGGCCAAAGUGAGCCCUUUGUGCAAAAGCUGUGGGAACAGUAUGAGAGUGAAAAGGAAGCAUACUUACAAGAGCUGAAGCAGGAUCUGGGUGUGGAUCUCAAUGAUGAGGUGACACUAUUGAAGCUGCGUGGGGCCCUGAUGAACAUCGAUCCCAGUCUGGACAAGCAGACUUUGAGUGCCUACCUGAGCCAGGCUUUUCAGCUCCCUGUGUCAGAACUGCCAUUGGAGGAUGACGCAAAACAGGAGGAAAUUGUGAUCAAGUUCCAGACUGCGCUUGACUGGCUUCAGAUGGCAGAUAUCAAGCGUGUAGGACCUCGAGAGCUAGAACCAGCAAGCUAGAGCUCUGUGGGCAGCCUCAAUACUCUAAUGCUGUUAAAUGAAUUUUUAGUAUAAAACUC